AUGUCUGGAAAACUCGACCAGUCUCUCGAUGAGAUCCUCUCCACUACCCGCCGCACUUCAGUCGGCAAAGGCCGUCGUGUUGGCCGCCGCACUGCCGCCAAGCCCGCCCACGUUGCCCCUUCAAAUGGCAUCAAGAAGACCGCAAGGGGAGGCAAAGUUAUCGCUCAAAGAACCCCAACUGGCCCUAGUGGAAACAGCGAAAGCAAGAUUCUAGUUACUGGUUUGCCCAAGGAUGUGUCGGAACCCAUGGUAAAGGAGUACUUUCAAAAAGCAGUCGGACCUGUCAAGAGAGUUGAAAUCUCAUAUGGACCCGGAGGCGUCAGCCGUGGCAUCGCCACCAUUAUCUUUGUUCGCUCGGAGUCUGCUUCCAAAGCUCUCCAAGCACUGAAUGGAGUUCUCGUCGACAACAAGACUAUCAAGGUUGAGGUGAUUGUUGAUGCAAAGCGUGCUACUGCCCUGCCUACUCCCAAGGGUCUCAGUGAGCGAAUUAGCCAGCCAAAGUCGCAGCCAAAGUCUGCUGCUACUACCAAGGCCACGGCUACCCGUGGUGGAAAAGCUUCGACCCGUGGUGCGAAAAAGGCCAAGAGUGCCCGUCCAACCAAGAAGACCGCUGAGGAGCUUGACUCUGAAAUGAUGGACUAUUUUGGAGGUGCCAGCACUGAUGCUCCUGCAACUGGCGCUGCCCAACCUGCCGCCAAUGGUGAUGCCAACAUGGAUGAUGAAAUUCUGGUCAGUUAG